CGAUCAUACCAAAGAAAAACGAGCAUCUUUUAAAUCAAUGUGAUGGAUUCGAAGCAGAGGAGAGGGAAUUAGGGCUCCAUUUUUUUGCCGACGCUUCUUCUUCGCCUUCCUCCUCUUUCGCCUCUCGCGAUCGCCAUGCGCAGCUCGCCGAUCGCUCAAUCGAUCCAAGAAAUCCGGUUUCUUGGCCGCCUCGCCGCGAGGUAGCACCAGAUUAUGGAUUUUUGGGACAAGCAGCGGCAAAAGAUCCAGCUCCGGAGGGCAUCGCUGGCGGCGAUCGCGCUCCUCGCCUGCAUUGUCUUCGUCUACCAGAGCUUCCAGGAGCCAAGCGAUUCCUCCUCCUCUUCUUCUUGGUUUUCUUUUCACAGCCCCGGAAGAACGAGGCACGAGGCCGCGUCGGCCAUUUCCGGCAACGAUUCCACGCGAUCCAAGCCCGCCAUCGAGCUCGUGUCCCAGGCCACUUCCAGCUCGAUUCCACCGCCACAAUUACUUCCUGGCAGCCCACCGCCGGUUCCUUCGCAAGAACUAGGACAAGGAGGCGGCGACGAGCUUCCUCUUCUUCCUCCAUCGAUUGCUCCCUCGCCGACGCAAGAAAUUUCUCUUCCGAAGAAGAAUUUGACACAGGAAAGAUCGGAUUUCAAUGCUUCUGCUCUUGCCAAUUUGGAUCGCAAAGUCGUCAGGAAACGCGAGAUACCGCAAUGGCGUGUGAUUCUGGAACAGGAUCUUCGUCGUGCGAAGCAAGAGAUCAAGGUCGCAGGGCCACGGAACACGCAGCUGGAUCCACAAGCCACCCGAUCCAUCUACCUCAAUGCCUACAAGUUCCACAAGAGCUACGAACUCAUGGAGAGAUUGUUCAAAGUGUACGUAUACAAGGAAGGGGAGCCUCGGCUCGUCCACAAGGGACCUUUGACGGGGAUUUACUCCUCCGAGGGGCGAUUCAUUCACGAGAUGAACCAAAACAGCCGCUUUGUCACGCACGAUCCGCAAGAGGCCCACAUGUUUUUUCUUCCGUAUAGCGUUGCUCACAUGGUUCUCGACCUCUACGUUCCAGGCUCGCACACCAUGCUGCCGCUCGCCACUUUCAUCAAGGACUACGUCAAUCUCAUCGCCAGCAAGCACCCGUUUUGGAACCUGACCCGUGGCUCCGAUCACUUCUUCACCUCCUGCCAUGACUGGGGCCCCGCAACAGCCCGAGACCACCCGGAGCUCCGCAAAAACUCCGUCAAAGUGGUGUGCAACUCGGACCUCACGGAGGAGUUCGUGCCGGACAAGGACGCGUCGCUGCCCGAGACGUAUCUCCAUGCGGUAAAGCUUCCGACCAAGCUCGGCGGCCCGGGGCCGAGCAAACGGCCCAUCCUGGCCUUCUUCGCGGGUCAGAUGCACGGGAGAGUCCGGCCGGCACUGAUCAAGCACUGGAAGGACCGAGGAGACCCCGACAUGAGAAUCUACGAGGUGCUCCCACCCGAGGUGGCGCGGCGGACGAGCUACGUCCAGCACAUGAAGAGCAGCAAGUUUUGCAUCUGCGCCAUGGGAUUCGAGGUGAACAGCCCCAGGAUCGUGGAGUCGAUAUACUACGACUGCGUGCCGGUGCUGAUCGCCGACAACUUCGUGCUGCCAUUCAGCGACGUUCUCAACUGGGGAUCCUUCUCGCUCACGGUGAGCGAGAAGGACGUUCCCCGGCUCAAGGAACUGCUGCUGGCGGUGUCCGAGGAUCGGUACCGAAAGAUGCAGAGCCGGCUCAAGAAGGUGAGGAAGCAUUUCUUGUGGCACGACAGCGCGGAGAGGUUUGAUAUGUUUCAUAUGAUCUUGCACUCGGUUUGGACGAGGAGGCUGCAGCAGAUGGAUGCGAUUAUCGGUCAUGAGACGUCCAUGGUUUGAGAUGUGAUAGAACAAUGGUUUUGGAAGAGAAUCUACCUUGUGUGAAUACUUCUUUCACGAAUAAAAUUCAUUUCAUGGUAUAUACCUACCAUGAGCAAGUUAAGAUAUAA